AGAGCUCCGAUUCUUGGCUUUCAGUCACCUGUUAAGGCCCAAGCGCAACGAACGUCGACGGAGUUUUUCCGGGAAAUCGCCAGAGGAAAAUCACGAGAAGAUAUAAACCAAAUUUUAAAACCGCGCGCUAACUGAAAAAGAGAUUCGAAUAUAAAACGGGGGAAAAUAAAAACGGAUAUAAAGGAAUUUCAAGCGAUUGGCGUUUUGUCAACCAGUAAAGGGCCAAGUGACGAGCAAAAAAAAACCAAAAAAACGAAAAAAAUCGAGGGAGUGGCGCACAAGUGGCUGCAACAAAGCCCGCGACCUCUGACACCCCAAAAACAACAAAAUAUAAGAAUAUAUCUACCUUUUGGCCGGAAAACGCUUGUUUCAGCACGCGAGCAAGGGAGACGGGACGACUGCGAGGGAGGGAGACAGGGACAGGGACAGGAACAGCAGCAACAAAAACAACAAAACAAACAGCUCUAUGCCGGCACCAAGAUGAGACCAGGCCGAACGACAACAGCUUUACCAGCAGCGACCACGCCCCUGCUCCUGCUCCUGCUGCUCCCACUCAUCCUGGGCAGGCUCCACUUGGCCCACGCCCAGUGUCCUUGGCAGAGGGAUGUGCCCGACCUGCAGACGAGCUGCAUCUGCGCCUACAAUCUGGGCAGGGAGCUGUCCGUGCAAUGCGACCAGGUGGACUUCUCUCAGCUCCUGGCUGCGAUGAACACCCAUGCCCGCCUGAAGCCCGUGGAUUUGCUGUACGUGAACAACUCCACGAUUGCCGAGUUGCCCAAUGCCGUUUUCAGCAAUUUGAGCCUGCACAAUGUGCAGCUCUCGAGCUGCGGCAUCCAGAGGAUUGCGACGGGUGCCUUUAAGGGCCAGGAGUCGGUGUUGCGGAACCUCAAUCUGCAGGAUAAUCUGCUGGCCGACGUGCCGGUGGAGGCGCUCAAGGUUCUGGGCAAGCUGAACCUGCUGGAUUUGUCCAAAAAUCAGCUCACUCACAUUCCCGACGACGCCUUUGUGGGCCUGACAAAGCUCUCCACCCUCAAACUGAACGAUAACAAUGUUACCCUGGCCAGCAAUGCAUUUAGGGGGCUGGAGCAGAACCUGAAGAACCUAAACCUGAAGGGCACAAAGCAGCGAAAGGUACCGGAAAGUAUCAGGGGUCUGAAGAGCCUGGCCUUCCUAGAUCUCUCCCAAAAUGGCAUCAAAGAACUGCCGGGAGCGGGCGGAAUCCGGGUUUUCGAUGGUCUGGACGCUCUGACGGCCCUGAAUCUGGAGAGGAAUCUCAUCCAGAGCAUUGGCGAAACGGCAUUUGCCGGCGUGCGAAAAACACUGAGCUCGCUGAGUUUGCUCAAUAACCUGCUGGCCGAAUUUCCCAUCGGAGCUGUGCACUCCCUAAAGGAGCUGCGUGUCCUGGACAUUGGCUUCAAUCUGCUGACCAGCCUGCCGGAGGCCGCCUUCCGGGGCAAUCCGGGCAUCACCCUGCUGGCCCUGGACGGAAAUCCACUGAGCAGCGUGCCCGAAGGCGCCUUCGCCCAUCUGAAUGCCACACUCCGCGGACUCUCCCUCGGAGGCAGGUUCCUCCACUGCGACUGCAAGCUGCGAUGGGUGGCCGAGUGGAUUCGCAACGGCGACUUGCAGGUUACAUCGCGCGAACGGAAUCCCCAGUUCUGUGGCACCCCACCUCGCUUCCGGGACCGCGGCUUCUACUCCAUUCAGCCGGAGGAGCUGAGUUGCCCGGACAUUGCCGAUGCGGCCCUCCGUGGACCCGUCGGCCUGGCCGACAACCUGAAGCCCACUCUGCCCUCGUCGCCCGACUCCGUGGAAUAUGAAACUGGCACGGGCACGGGAACGGGUACAGUGGGCACUGGCACAGCUGCCUCUGCUCCGGUGACCAGCAGUGUGAGCAGCACCACCUCGGCAACGACACCCACAACAACCACAACGAGCACCACAGCGGAGCCAACGACCAGGAGUAGUACGACUCGUCCCCCGACCAAGGCAACUACAACGAUAUCGGCCACCACAGCCUCGCCAGCUGCCAAUCCCACGGUGAAUGGAACGGGCACAGUUCAGGCCACCUCCAUCACGACGAGCAGCAGCUCCUCCUCCUCCUCCUCAUCCUCCACGUCCACGGGUCACGGCAAUGGCAAGCAGGCGCCGGGCUGGCGCCAAGGAGUGACCAAUGGCAAUGGCAAUAGUGCAGGAGCAGGAGGCCUCCACAAGCCGCAGAGGCCACCACUUGUCCUGGGCUAUCCACCGCAGCGGGGCACUCGCAUCGACGAUGCCAACGAGGUGCAGGUGAAGCACGCGUUCCGGCAGGAUAGCUCCGUGAUCAUCCAGUGGGACUCGGACACGGCGAAUAUCCUGGGAUUCCGCGUGGUCUACCGCCUGUUCGGCGAGAAGGCCUUCAAGCAGGGACCACCGCUGGAGUCCAGCGAGCGCGAGUUCAAGAUCAAGAAUGUGCCGGCCCAGGAGUGCAUCAUCGUGUGCGUCAUCUCGCUGGAGGAGCUCCACGUGACCCCGGAGACGGUGCCCUACCAGCAGUGCCGCGAGGUUCGCACGGUCGCCUCGCAGGCCUCCAACAUGGACAAGAUAACGAUUGCGGCCAGUGCGGCCAUUUGUGGCACCAUCAUUGUGGCCGUGAUUGUCUUCAUCGCUGCCAGCAGACGCUCCCGCAAACUGCAAAGCAGCCAGCAGAAGAGUCCGCUGCCAAUUGGAGGUCUGCCCGUUAAUUGCUGCGGUCCGACCGGUUCACCGGGACCACUUGGCUCCAUUGCAACGCUAUCGGCAUUUAACAAUCACAAGGAAUGGGAUCAAGUGUCGGCCUACAGUGGUCGCUCGAUACCGCGGCCGCGCAUAUAUCCCGUGGAGCAGCCGGAUGAUAUGAGGAGCCACUUCUCCGGAAUGCCCGGCAAGGUGGGCAAAUCAAGUAGAUCCCUGGCGGACGGACAGUCGCAGCACAGCUUCUCGAACAACUCGCACCGCGGCUACUUGGGCAGCGCCUUCCCCUCGAACCUGGUGAACUCCCGGCCGGAACUGCGCCAGUCCCGCCAGUCGCUGGCCGCCGCCUCGGAGCGCAUGUCCCGCGCCUCCUAUGCGGGAUCCAUUCACGGCGGGAACGGAGGAGGCGGUGGGCUGGGCGGCAACGGAGGAGGCGGAGGCAACGGACUGCCCGUGAGCAGCCUGAUGGCCAUGAGCGGAAUGGUGGGCGGCGGCGGACCGGCCAGCAUCGCCUCCAGCGCCCGGAGAUCCCGACCGCGCUCCAGAUCCCGGGAGCAGCUGAACACCACCCACAUACAUAACCAUCGACCGGGAAGUCGAUACUCGCAGGCGGGAUCGACGCACACGCUGAACAACUACUGCGACACAUCGGACAACUGGACGGAUCACGACAUGGACAUCUAUAUGGCCCGCAAUCCGACGACGCGCAACGGUUUAGUGCCAUUAUGAGGGCGACUCACGUUGUCCUGAUAUUUCAAUGUUGUAUUAAACUGGGAUGGCAUCUUCUGACAAUAUCUGACGCCGACCAUUGAGGGGCGCGGGGGCAGGGGGCAUGGUCGGCGUCAGCAGCAGCAGCAGCAGCAGCAGCAACAACAUCAGCAACUGCAACAUCAGCAGCAGCAGCGGCAGCAUCAUCAACUGCAACAGUUGAGGAACGAGCGACAUCAACAACGACACAGAAACAAUCAGCAAUGGGAGCAGCCAUAUCAGCCAGCACAGCAGCAACAUCAACGAUUACACUACUAUAUGCCGCAGACGGAGCGCUGCACCUCGCCCCCCGACGUGGUGCCCCGAGCAGCCAAUUUCCAUAAUAGCAACACCACCAGUACUGGCCACCCCGACAACAGCAACAGCAACAGCAACAGCCACAACAGCAACACAACCAGCAGCUGCAACAGCGCCCAGCAGCAGCAAGCGUCGCUGGCUUUGAUGACAGCAGCGCUGGGAGAUGCAACUUCAGCAACAGCAGCAGCAGCAGCAGCCAGUGGCAUCGUUGUCGAGAACUAUUUUAACGAAUAUGAACGUCAGGAAAUCAUCUAUCAUCAUCCCACAAGCAGGAGCAGCAGCAGCAGCAGCAGCAGUAGUGCGGCCGCAACACGCCACGUUCCCCGCAGCAACGCCUUCCGUUUACAGCUACCCGCAAUGGCAACGGCCACGACUAACAAUAUUUUAUAUAAUAUCAGUAAUAAGCAUGAUGCAACCGGCAACAACGGCAGCAUCGGCAAUUAUAAGGCGCAUACGUUUAGUGAUAGCUGUAAUUGUACAUGUAAUUGUAGUCUAAGCGAGGAGGAGGAGAUGAACCAGGAGACACCCGAGACAGCCGAAGUGACAGCAGCAGCUGGGCAGGAUGGGAGGCAGGAGGGCUCAUCCUUGGCCAGCACCUCAGUGUCGAGCAUAGAGCAAGUGCGGCGAGAACAGCAGGGGCAGGAAGUGUCCUUGUCUCUGAACUUGACAUUGGCUGACGCGGGGGCAGAUGCUGCUGCGGAUGCAGCAGACGCCUCUGCAGACAGGGCCGAGCUUUGAGUGCAGCUCCUUGAUGCUGCUGCUGUCACGGCCUCUCGGAAUUCUGGGAUCUGCAUAAUGCAUAAUAAUGGCACGGCAGACGUUGAGGUGUAGUACAGAGGAAUAGAUAUUUUUAUACGCUGUUUAGAGUGCAAUAACACAACUUUCCCCAGUUCUUUCUGCAGUUAUCGAAGAACUACAACUUAAGUCAAUAUGGUACUAAACCCUUACACUUAAUAGCUGUUAGACUAACUAAUGACUAGCGCGUAAGGAGGCGGGGUCAUUGGCGCUGGGAUAGACAGGCACAGAAGUCGCUGAGAGAGCACAAAAAGCAAUAUGUACAUAAUCUAGAAUGAGCAACAGCCAGUCCUAUAAGGUGUAGUUUACCCGAACGCAAUUCAAAGUUUAAAGGUUUUCAAGGUAGUUAAGAGCCAAAUAACCAAUUGUAGUAGGUCGAAUUAACGUUUCACACACCUCAAACCAUUCCCCCUACAUUCGCUAGUCUAGAACUCUUAUAAUUUCCUUAAAUUCAUUUACUUUCACUCUAUGUUCGUCUGUCCCAGCCCCGAGCUGAUCACCCAUUCCAGUAGUUUGAAGCAACCAAACCAUUUACUGCCUGAACAGUUUAAGUUUAACUCACAUUGAAGUCAGUUUCAGUUUCAGCUUCAGUUUCAGUUUCAGUUCGAAAUCGAUUUUAAGUCUAGACUUGUUUCAUUUCGUUGUGUACAGAAGCUUCAAUCGAAACUUUACGUGCUAAGUUCUGUCUUACGUUUAUGCUUUUUACUUUCGGUAAGAUUUUAAUAAAAGAGUACAUUACACAUCUUUGGUUUUAUUUGCCCUCGUUUGGUUUGUAUGCCUGCUUGCUAGUCGAGCGCCUGUACAUCGAUGUAUAUAGAAGUUCGUAGGCUUAAGCGUUCGAAACGAUUUCGGUUCAUCAUUAUCCUAGCUUUACCAUUAUCAUUGUCGUUGGAGGGACGGGUCCGGAUAAACAGUCCGGGUCAGUCCGGCGAAACACAGUUGACAGUUAACAAUAUUUAGUGCCCGUGGGCCGGAUUCCGCUGGGAGCCACAACAAGUCCAUGUCUGGCACUAGAUACUUAGUGCAGUAAGCUAAUAUCUACUCUAUAUUCUACACACUAGUCCUAAGAACCAGUUGUAGGCCAGGCUUUGAGCAUUAGACCAGUAAGCACAAUUUAGGUGGAAAACGGGAGCAAUUAUUUAGAACAAGAAGUAAGCAAAUAUUCCAAUAAACAUAGGCAAUAAAUUCAGAGAAAGAACAAACUAAAUAUGUUUCCGUUGAACGUUUCCCUUUAAAGCAAGCCAAUGAGAAGUAGAGGAACAAAUAUCCGCAAUUAGCAUAAGAAACUUUAAAUCAAACUUAGUGUUAGCAAUUACAAUUUAAUUAAACUGCCUUAGCACACUGAGAACGAUGAAGAACGAAACGAGUGGGGAGAGGAGAGCACGUGCUUAAAUUUAGUUUAGCUGCACUGGAAGAAAUACAGCAACCGAGAGAUGAGCAAUACUAAUGAUAAUCGGUGACACCAAAACUGCCAGCCACAAAAAUAUACACAUAUGUACAUCAUUCAACUAGGGGAGCAGUGGAGCACGUCCUUCAAAGGAGCCCUUCUCUGGAGUAACUACGAAGUAAAACGAAGACACCAACCGAUUCCGAGGGAGAUGAGAUAACACCACCAAUUCAACGCAGUUAGAGUUAUAGUACACGAUCCCAUAAUUAAUGUGCGUUAUACUGUUAAAUGUAAAUCCAAUUCAAGUGUUAACUUUGCGGCUUCACAGAUUAGCAACUAAAUUUACUAGACAAUUUACGAAAAGUUUCGUUUUUGGUCCUUAGUUCGUACGCAUCAAGUUCCGAAUAAAGCAUAUUUUUGUUACUA